AUCAGCACUGAAUUCUCCAGUCCUGAGUGCAGCCCCUUGGAAAGGGAUGUGGCAGCCUUCAGUUAUAAGAACCAGCCCUCCUCACCGAGUCGUGAUGAGGUGAACCGGCGGCUGGAGCUCAGCAGAGACCAGCAGAGACCACCACAACCACCGUUUCCUCGGAGUCCGUCCCCGACGCCCACACUUCCGGACCGGAUCCUCUGGAGGCAGUUGUGUCGGGAUGCAUCCGUCUCUCGGGGGCUGCUCGAGUCGCGCGUAGGACGACGACGUGUUCCCGGUGAAACGGCGAUGCUCGUUACGUUACAUUAGACCUGCCCGUUACAACCUGAGCUUAUUCAGAGAGGAUUCCGGCUUUGCCACAUUGUCCGUCUGCUGUCAACUGUUGCUUAUUUCCACUAAAUGAAUCUUGUAAGGUUCAUGAACAACCGUGUUCCUCCUAACAAGAGAUACCAGCCCACAGAGUACGAGCAUGCUGCCAAUUGUGCCACACAUGCCCUAUGGAUAAUCCCCAGCCUGCUGGGCAGCUCAGUGCUGCACUUUCAGUCGGAGGACCAAUGGGAACGGUUGUCGGCCUGGGUGUACGGCGCCGGGCUCAGCUCACUCUUCAUCAUCUCCACCCUGUUCCACACUGUGUCCUGGAAGAAGAGCCACUUACGGUCUGUGGAGCACUGUUUCCACAUGUGUGACAGGAUGGUGAUCUAUUUCUUCAUUGCUGCCUCCUACGCCCCUUGGCUGAACCUGCGGGAGCUGGGCCCCUGGGCGUGCCACAUGCGCUGGCUGGUGUGGGUCAUGGCCUCUUUUGGUACCGCCUACGUCUUCUUUUUUCAUGAGAGGUAUAAGAUCAUGGAGUUGAUCUGCUAUACGGUGAUGGGAGUUUUUCCUGCCCUGGUCAUCCUCUCAAUGCCGGAGCAGUCAGGACUUUGUGAGCUGCUGCUGGGUGGAGCCUGCUACUGUCUGGGGAUGGUCUUCUUCAAAAGUGAUGGCAUCGUCCCAUUUGCUCAUGCCAUUUGGCACCUGUUUGUGGCUAUGGGAGCAGCCAUACACUACUAUGCCAUCUGGAAGUACCUCUAUGCCCAGCCAUCCAAUCAGAUCCAGACGUCCAGAUGACAUCAGCCCUGACCUGACAGGGAGUAGCUUAUGUGUUUGAGCGACUUAAAGGAGAUGAUGUGAGCUGUGUUCAGUUUCAGGUAAUGCCUUGUGUAGAAGCUUUCUGGUGAAUUUGCACCUCCUCCCUAAAUGAUAUGGGCUAACCAAAACCAAUGAUGCGUUAAAAUGGUCCUCGUCAACUCAUAAAACCAAACAUGUGAAACAUUUCUGUGUUUAUCACCAAGAAAUUACCCUCAAAUUACAGACAAACCAGUGGUAAAACAUGGGCAGGCCUGACCAUACCUCAGUUCUAUUUGAACACAUGGUGGACUACUGUCAGAGUACCAGGUUAAUAACAAAUACAGUAUAGCCAUAGAACUUGAAUAUAUCUGUAAAAACAUGCAUUUAUUAUAAUUUCCAGGAGGUUAAGACAAAAAAACAGUAGUUUAUGCCUGACUUCCAUUAUAUUAUGAGCUUAGGUUUUGUUUCAGGGGAUUGUCAUGCAGUCCUUAAAACAAUAGCAAUAACCCAUCAAAACAUCAGCAACACAAACCCUAUGGCCUUCUUUGAAUUAUGUUACUUCAGUACCUUUCUAGGAGAAGCUUAACUAAAUAUAAAAAUAAAUUAGUUUUAAUAAUUAAAAAAGCAUACAGAGGAGGGCCAUUAUGUUUUUCAUACCUGAAUAGCAGCUACAGCUGUUCCUGUAAGAGUUCAUGGAGCCCAAACAAGCUCUAUUUAGCCUGUGAGGCAGCGCCCAGGGAAAAAUUGAUCUGCAAAAAACUCCCUGCUACUCAGAAAGUGUAUUGCUCUGAGCACACAGUAGUAACUGAAGGUGGCUCAGGUAAGCAUAUCAGCAUUAAUCAAUCUGGAGUUUCUGUCUUCUGGAUUAUGGCAACUGAACGGCAAGAGAAUAGUAUUUAUAGAGAUUUAGUGAGUAAAUAAUCCCCAGUGGAAAUUACACCCUUUCAUUAUUUACAUCCUGUAUUGGCUUUUUUUAGUGACUGGUCACCACCUGAAGUCAAACAUCUCAAACACAGGCCAUGGUUAUGUGAUAUAUUCCUGCCUUUAUGAGUUGAUGAGGACAUUUUAAUGCACCAUUAAGCAGCUGACCAGCACAAAAUAGAUUGCAGGACACAGAGUCACAAAGCAAAUAUCAGUUGUGUUUUCCAAACUGUGGCACGAACCGAGGCUGCAUUUGGAGGAGACUGAAACCGCCCCAUCAGCCUGUUGUGAUGAAUAUGGAGGCAGCUCGUGAAUUGGGACACAGCUUUAUUUGAUUUUAUGUUACAUUAUUUCUCCAUGAAUUUGGUCUUAUUCCAGUGAUCCAGGGGUUAAAUGACUCUUCUUAGAGAUUUCUCUCUAUGUGGUGCACAUCCAGGUUCAUUGUGGUGACUUUACAUCAUAAUUUAAAGUAUUAUCAUCACUAUCAAAUGUUGUUUUGCUUUGAUUAUAUUUAAGAGGUUGCAACAUCAGUAAUUAACUAUUCCAAUUCAGAGCUUGACU